CCACAGUGGCAGCCAGCCCAGGGCGCUGGGACGCAGGGAGCUUGAGCCCAAACAGCAGCUUCCGGAGUCGGAGAUCGGUAAGGAGGAAAACAGAGACGGAAGAAGCUCGCGACUUUUCUGCCUGGGCAAGUGUACCCAAGCAGCAAGCAGGACGGGCGGUGCUCUGGUACCAUUAACCCUGAACAGCCCAAGCCCCGUAGUCACUGCUCAUCAAGAAUGGAAAUCCCGCCGACCAACUACCCAGCUUCCAGGGCGGCCUCGGUGGUGCAGAACUACAUCAACUACCAGCAGGGGACCCCCCACAGGGUGUUUCAGGUGCAGAAGGUCAAACAAGCCAGCAUGGAGGAUAUUCCAGGAAGAGGACAUAAGUAUCACCUUAAAUUUGCUAUUGAAGAAAUUAUACAAAAACAAGUUAUGGCGAACUGCACAGCUGAAGUACUUUACCCUUCAAAGGGACAAGAAACUGUACCAGAAGUUAACUUCACAUUUGAAGGAGAAACUGGAAAGAACCCAGAUGAAGAAGACAACGCAUUUUAUCAAAGACUCAAGUCCAUGAAGGAACCGCUAGAAGCACAAAAUAUUCCAGACAAUUUUGGAAAUGUACCUCCAGAAAUGAUGCUUGUUCUACAUUUAGCCUGGGUUGCCUGUGGUUAUGUAAUAUGGCAAAAUUCUACUGAAGACACAUGGUAUAAAAUGGUAAAAAUUCAAACUGUCAAGGAAGUGCAAAGAAAUGAUGACUUUAUUGAAUUAGAUUACACCAUUCUACUUCAUGAUAUAGCAUCUCAGGAGAUUAUUCCCUGGCAAAUGCAAGUUCUCUGGCAUCCACAAUAUGGCACUAAAGUAAAACAUAAUAGCCGUCUGCCAAAGGAAGUACAACUGGAAUAAACAAAAUCUCUAACAGGGGGAGGAAGUGUAAGCAUGCCUAUUAAUGAUGUGUAUGCCAAUUUUAUUGGCAUGUAACUUAUAAAGCCAAAUAAUCCCAAAGUGUCACUUUAUAUAAAUGUCUUGAUUAUAGUCUAGAACUGUAUAGAUUCCGUAAUACAAAGUAUCACUAUAUAAAAAUGUCUUUAUAACAGUAAUAGUGGUAUGUAUAUCCAAUAAUAAAAAGACUUCAAUUUCAGCCUCA